AGAGCCUGAACAUCGUCUCAACCAGAGGAACAACAUCGAGACUCUUGGGGAACGACUACUAAAUUCAAGUUCUCAACCCAGACGAAACGACAGUUUAUCCAUCAUCGUUACCAAGAUUCUUCUCUCCCCUCUAUUGAUGUGCUUGUAUAAUGGAAGCAUUCAAUCUACCUACUUUGGAUGGACUACACCUCAUUCCAGGGCUCUGCAACGAAACUGCUCUAGGCAGGGUUCCCAUCUCUCCAUACCCUCCGACAUAUCGCUUUAUUAGGCCAUCAUGGGGUCAACGUACACGGAACAGAAAGCCAUGACAAAUCCAUGAUCAUCCAUAUCAAGAACACGUAUGAAGACGGGAAAACGCGAGACAUCGCACGAGGGAUGGUUAAUGAGAGGACGUUUAUGAAUUGGCCAUUUUUGCAGGAAGGGUUGGUCGUUGCUGUUUCGGAUUUGAUGUUCAAGUAUGAAAAGUUCGUGGUUACGCCUGGAAGUCCUGUGAAAGUGAUUUCUACCCCUCAUGGAUCGAAUCAUUGGAAGUCGAAAACUGAUGUAAAGAUAUCUUUUUGCAGCGAAAAAUCGUGU